AUGUCUACCGGUGCCCAAUCCCCCAGCAGAACCUCCCCCGACCCCGCUGUCCCCAGCAACGUCCCCCAGAUGACCCAGGCCGACCAGCGUCCUGGUGUCUCGGGAACCAACCCUGGUGCUGCCCCCGGUGAGCAAUCAUCAGGUGGUGUCUCUGCCUCUGCCGUCAAGACUGCCCAGGCCUCUGCCGACUCUCUUGGAGAGGCUGGUCACUCUAGGAAGGACGUCGAGACCGGCUCUGGUCCCUCUUCAUGA